AUGACGAAGUUAAUAUUUAGCUAAUUGCUUUAAAUUGAUUAAAGUCAAAGAAAUCAAUCUUUAAUAUUAAGAUUAAAAUAGAUUAAUAUAUUUAGAGGGUAUCGCUACUAUGAGUAUAGCUACCAGACAUUUGAAAAUAUUCCAAAUUUGAAAUUUUAUUAUCAAAAAAAGAAGUCUUUAAAAUUUUUGGGUUAAUGAUUGGAUUGACUAUGAUGAGGAAAAGUGGAGAAUUUAAUAAAUACAAUUCAUUGAAAAUCCUAAAAUAACUGCUGAUUGGUAAGGAUAAGAACAAAAUUAAUGUAUUAAUUAGGUCUAUAUAUAAAUUUCUGAAGAAUUUUAAGGGCUAGUACUUUUAAUCAUUUAGGAUAUUUAGAAUUAAUUGAAACGAUUUAUGAUGAUGCAAGAACAUAAAUUAAUUUGAUAACCAAUAGAGCUCUUUUUGAAGAGUUAGUGAGGGGUAAUUCAUUUUUGAUGGGAUGGUACGACUUUUAUCAAGCCUUUUCUAAAUGUUGUGAAGCGUGGGAUGAUUAAAAUAUAGCAAUGUUUGAGGAUACUUUUGGAGUAACCUUAUAAAUUAUUAGUCUCAUCUUUUGACCUAAGAAAUUAACGCCUUUAGAAUUGUUUUAAUCACUUUAUAUUUAGUCAAUCCAAUUAUAUCAACGUCAUCAUUUGCAUUUUUUUAAAGGAAAGUAUUCAUAGCUUUUUCAGCUUUAAGAUAGCUGUCUAAUAUUCUAUUAUGUGUUAUAUUUACCACCCUUAGAAUGUAGGAAAUCAUGUAAUGUUGGCUAAUAUAUUAGGCAAAUAAUGUUGAUUUUGGACCAUUUAGACAAUUUAGUUCUGAAGGUUACAUUAAGUUCAAAAAUUAUGCAUCAAAAUUUUCAGGCAAUAUUGCAACUUCAGUAUUUAAUUAUGAACCUGACGAUAGAAUUGAGAACAAGAUAACUGGAGUAUUGAUCAAUAAUCCAUUCUAUAUAGCUUUAAUGUGGAGAGCAAAAAGGGAAGACACAAUGUGUAAAAUUCCGACUGUAUUUAUCUAAAUUUUAUCAUUGUAAUCUAUCCCUAUGGAUGAAUUAUGGGUUAUGUCUUUCUAUCAUCAAUUACAAUCAAAUUUUUAUGCUUUAUUUUUUAUACUAGAAGUUCUGAUUAAUGACUUUUUUAUUCCAGCUAUUGAGUGCAGCUUCAAUCAAUUAAUUCUACUAAUCAAUGUGGUAUUUGGAUUAAAUAUCAAAUUAAAUGCUAUUGGAGUAUCCUAAAUCCUUCUCAAUUAUGUCAAAAGUAAAAUUAUUACAUCUAAGAGAGAGAUGCACUUUCAAAAUUAAUAGAAAAGAAUGAAUUUCUCUAAUUAUUCUGGUUUAAAAAAAAGAAAAGGUUAGCUUAGUUUAGGUUAGUGCUUGCUUCUAUAAAAAGUGUUUUAGAAAUUGAUUAAGCAUAAAGAUUUUUUUGUAUGGGACCUGGAUUAACUGAUUUAAUACAAUAUUUAGAAGUAAGUCCAGUAUAUUAAAUUAAAUUAAAUUGAAUUUUUUUUAGUCGAAGUAAAUCCCAUCCAUAUCCCUUAUAUUAAUACAUUCCUUCAUACUUGCCCAAAAAAAUUGCAAUUCUUACAGCAUCAAAUAGAAGCUAAAAAAGAACAUCAAAUGAAAUUUUGCGUGAAAAGAAUAAAAACUAUAAAAGCCUUUUCUUAUUCAUAUUUUUAAACAAAAUAACAAUUUAAAAAUAAGGGUUCAAUGGUGGGUGCAGAAAUUACUUUGAAUAUAGAUGACAGUUUUUUAAAGUUAGAUAGGUACAUUUUUGAGCAAUUUUAUUUUGAAGUUUCUGGUAAUCUUAUUUUAAAUAAUUGCGAAUAACUAUUUGCAAGGUUUACUUAGUUGAUAAUUUUUAAGGCAUCAAUUAUUUAUAAUAGUGCUAUACAGAAUUUUUAAUUUGAAAGAAACAUAAGAAGUAAACAAUUAAAAAUUCUGGAUAUUACUUUUCAAAAUAUAAGUUUAGAUUUUUAACACUAUCCUUUCAGAAAACUCAGUUAGAUAAAAAUGAUUUUGAAAUUCUCAAUUUUAGGAAGGAGUAACUAAAGUAAAUAUUAGAAACUUUAAGUAAUAGUACAACUGUCGUUUAUAUAGAUAUAUCUUAAGGUUGUAUAAGAUUUACUGCAAAUGAAUAGAAAGAAUUAAACAAAAGAUUCGAAAGAUAAGGGAAUGAUGUUUUCAUAAAAAUUUGAUUAUUUUUAUAUUAAUUUAAUCUGUAUUAUCUCUUUAUGGAAAUUCAAUAUCAAAAUAUUGUAAUUUCUUCUCCCACACUGA